AGCUUCCAAGGCGAGUUUCCUAAAGAAAAAUGGGCACCAAGGGCAAAGUUAUUAAAUGCAAAGCAGCCAUCGCCUGGGAAGCAAACAAGCCCCUUUGCAUAGAAGAGGUUGAGGUAGCUCCCCCCAAGGCACAUGAAGUUCGAAUUCAGAUAAUCGCCACUGCCUUGUGCCAUACCGAAGCCCAUAUUCUCCAUCCUAAAUUUACGGAGGCUUUUUUCCCAGUGAUUCUUGGCCAUGAGGGGUCAGGAAUUGUGGAGAGUGUUGGGCCAGGAGUGACCAACUGCAAACCAGGUGACAAAGUGAUUCCUCUCUACAUGCCUCAAUGUAAAAAAUGCAAGUUCUGUUUGAGUCCACUCACAAAUUUCUGUGCAAAACUCAGUCCAUCCAAAAGUCCUCUUGUUCAGCAAGAACUAAUGGAAGACAAAACCAGCAGGUUUACCUGCAAAGGAAAACCAGUUUACCAUUUCAUGGGGAUCAGUACCUUCUCUCAGUACACUGUCGUAUCAGAUACUAAUCUGGCCAAAAUAGAUGAUGAUGCAAAUUUAGAGAGAGUCUGUCUGCUUGGAUGUGGGUUUUCAACUGGCUAUGGAGCUGCAAUCAACACUGCCAAGGUUACCCCAGGUUCUACUUGUGCCAUCUUUGGCCUGGGAGGUGUCGGCCUUUCUGCUUUAAUCGGUUGUAAAGUAGCAGGAGCUUCCAGAAUCAUAGCUGUUGAUAUCAACAGUGAGAAGUUUGCAAAGGCCAAAGCUCUUGGAGCCACUGACUGCCUCAAUCCUAGAGACCUACAAAAACCCGUCCAGGAGGUCAUCAUUGAAAUGACCGGUGGGGGUGUGGAUUUUGCACUUGACUGUGCAGGUGGAUCUGAAGCCAUGAGAGCAGCCCUGGACUGCACAACAGUAGGUUGGGGAUCGUGUACUCUCAUUGGAGUAGCCAUUGGUGACAAAGGAUUGACUGUUUCUCCAACAGAGAUACUAAUGGGCCGUACUAUCAAUGGAACGUCAUUUGGUGGUUACAAGGGUAGAGAUUCAAUCCCAAAGCUGGUUACUGAUUACAAGAAUAAGAAAUUCAACCUGGAUGCACUGGUGACCCACACCCUGCCUUUUGACAAAAUCAAUGAGGCAUUUGACCUAAUGCACCAAGGAAAAAGCAUUCGAACAGUCCUGACCUUCUGAAGAAGCCAGGAACAAUUUGGAAGACUAUCUGCCUGAAUCUGA